CUGGGUCAUAGUGAGAAGGAGCGCGCGAGAAAUACGAAGAGUGGGAUGGAGGGACAGACGCAGGCUGAUGAUUUGGCAAGAGGAAGGACCGAGGGAUUGGUAGUUCGGGGACUACAAAUCCCAGCAGGCAGCGCGCCUGCCCCCAGGCCGCCUACCAGGAGAGGGAAAAGGUUCCGCGCGCGGGUUGAAUGGAACAUUGCCUUCUUGGGUCCGGAUCCCACCGCGGGGAGUAGUGGUGCGGCUCCUAGUCGGGACGCGUGGAUCCGGAGACCGAGAGCCGCGCAAUUGAUGCAAGGUUUUAAAUCCCCUCCUCUGCUACGGCACGCCCAUCAUGCACAGGAAACACCUCCAGGAGAUUCCCGAUUCGAACAGCAAUGUUAAUAGCACCUUCACGUGGGGAUGGGAUCUUAACAAGACAUCGGAUUUGCUCUCAGGAAUGGGGGUCGCAGUUCUGGAGAAAGAUAAGGUGGACAGUGAAAACAUCCCCCAGGAGCUGCUCUUAACUCAAGCCCCUCCGCCAAAAAAGCAAAAGGUGAAAGCGAAGGAAAAGGACUUUGUAAUUGCCCGCAGGCCGAGGCAAUCCAAAGAGAACAGUUCAGGAAUUUCUUGGGAUAUGCUUCCAGACGAAUUGCUCCUUGGAAUCUUUUCAUAUUUGUCUCUGCCCGACCUUGUAAGAGUCUCUGGGAUUUGUAAGAGGUGGCAUCGCCUCUCGUUUGAUGAAUCACUGUGGCAGACUUUAGACCUGACAGGGAAACAUUUACUGCCAGGAGUAAUUGGGCAGUUGCUCUCUAUAGGUGUGGUCGCUUUUCGCUGCCCAAGAUCACACGUGGAUGCGCCACUGUUUAAAAAUCUGAGCCUGGAAGGACUGAGGCUUUCAGAUGCCAUCGUCAGAAACCUGGCUCAGAAUUCAGACUUAGUGCGAUUAAACCUCUCUGGAUGUUCCGGAUUUUCAGCCUCUGCGCUGGGGGCUCUGCUGAGCGGCUGUACUCGCUUAGAUGAGCUGAACCUCUCCUGGUGCUCUGAUUUCUCGGCAGAACACAUCCAAGUUGCCGUCAGCUCUAUCACAGAAAGCGUGACACAAUUGAAUCUCAGUGGGUACAGACAGAAUCUACAGAGAUCAGAUGUGACGACAUUAGUGGGAAGGUGCCCCAAUCUGGUCCACUUAGAUUUAAGUGACAGUGUCCUGCUGAAGACUGACUGUUUCCAGGAACUUCAUCAACUCAUCUACCUCCAACACUUGUCGCUCAGCCGAUGCUAUGAAAUAAUGCCAGCAGCCUUACUUGAACUUGGAGAUAUCCCCUCACUGAAGACACUACAGGUUUUUGGAAUUGUAACAGAAAAUUCCCUUCCUGUGCUAAAGGAAGCACUCCCUCAUCUGAAGAUCAACUGUUCUCACUUCACUAGCAUUGCCAGGCCAACAGUGGGCAGCAAAAAGAACCCAGAGAUCUGGGGCAUCAGGUGCCGCCUGAUGAUGCCCAAUCCAAAUAGCCACUGAUGUCCUCAUUACAAAGUGACUUCACAGAAGAGCAGACAAAAAGGCCCCUGUACUUGGAGUCCCUCAACCAUUUUUCUUCUGAUGAGUUACACCUUCCACCUUAUAACUGUUUUGGCUUGAGGAUCACUUGAGAAAGAACUGUUUCCUGUCACUAACUCAUAAAAAUUUAGGAAUGAGUGUUUUGCACUGGGAACACAACUUUUGUCAAUGCCCUUUAAAGGCCUGCUUGGAGAGCCAUGACAUUUCAAUUAUUUAUGAGUUUAAGGCAGUAAACCUGUACUUAUUAUUAAAAGGUGGUUCAAGGUAAGUACUUCAUACCACCUCUCUGACAUUCCCUCUUCUAAAAAUCUUCAGAAUGCAGCCAGUGCUCAAGUGAAUAAUUUUAUAGAAACUGUUUCAGUAAUCAUACAUGCUUUUUCUUUUUCUCUGUCUUGCCUUACAUAGAACAGAUUGGAAGAACCCCAAAUCACUCAUUUUCUGAACAGAGCACAAAUAGAGCUUGGGGGGAAAAAGUCCAAACUCUGUCUUUGAGUACCAAUCACUGAACCUUGAGGUAAUAAGGAUCAUGGGAAGGGAGACCCCACAAAAGCAUUUUAAGAUCCUGGAAAAAAGUGUUGUCUUUAGCCCAAGGGUUGGGGCAAAGAGUAAAGUACAUUUCCACUUGGUGAUAUAUGCAUACCAAAAAUGCUUAGGAACCUUUGAAGGCAGAGCAAGCCAAAUGACAGCUGGUUUCUGUGACUGAUGAGCUUGAGGUCUUCUUGGACUAAUUAGACAACGUUUCUUUACGGUGAUUCAUAGGUAGUUUUUUCUAGGUUCUGAAACUAGCUGUGGGGAUGUAAUUAUGGUGGUGUUUGUUUGCUUUUUUAUAACAUUUUUUCACAUCAUGACCACGUAUCUUACCAUUGGUAAAGGCUUGCUGCCUUGUUCACUUUUUUAUACUGAAGGUGCUUUUGCUUCUGAUGGUUUAUGUUUCACAAACCAAUUUCUGUUUUAGGUGCUAGGUGGAAUUUGGCCUUGUUCCCUGUUCUUCCUUAUAGCUGAGGUCUAGAAGGGGCUAUUUUGAUUUUUCUUAGAAUCAAAUACUGAAUAAGAAGAAAUAAAAAAUCUUUGCAUCUUUUGUUUGGAAUGCCCCAUUUGAAAGAGCUCUGGGGUCUACAAUUACUAGGAAGCACCAUGAAACUUCAGCACUCUUGUGAAAGAGGAGCAAUUUCUUGACUUUGGGCAGUCUGGGAGCAGGAACCCCAACUUAAAAGCAUUGAUUUUACCUGUUGGGGAGCAGCUUUGACUUUUUAGAACUGAUGGAGCACCCAGAAAAAAAAUUAUUCAUACUCUUAAAAACUAGGUCAACAAAUCACUUCACGUCUUCCCAUUGAUCAAAGAAUACCAAUUUUAUUUUGUUUCUGUGACUGACUUAAAAAAAAAAAUCAAGAUGGAACUAAUAUGGUAAGCCUGCCGUAGAUUGAACUGCAUUUCCACUAAGGACACUGUCAUCUGUUAAGACUGCUGGAGAAAACACUUUGGCCCAGUGUUAUACAGAGAUUAACUGUUGCCAGCCUGUUACACGUGCUGUCGCGAAAUGGUAACUACACCUUGAAAUGUUGUUUACAUAAUAGCCAUUAAAGAGACAUAGGGUGGGUCUGGUGGGAUUUGUACCUUUGGAUACACAUCCUCUUCAGCACUCAAUUCCAGAUAUAAGCUAUCUUGCCAAGAUUUUAGUGACCUUCACGAUGUCUACUUUUAUAUGUUUUUAAU